CCAGACGUCGAAGUGGUGGAGUCACUUCCUGAAUGGUUUAUCGGGCCUAAUAUGUUGGAGAACGAGGUGCCGUUCGCAUCUGGGGGGUUUGGUGAAGUAUCGAGAGCUCAAUGGCUCAACACCGAUGUCGUUGUGAAAAGGAUGAGUAUAAACAGCUCAAACGACGAAAAGCGGCGAAACCUGUUCCUCAAUGAGGUAGCGCUGUGGUUCGGAUUGAACCACCCUUACGUCAUGAAGCUCUUUGGCGGCUGCCACGUUGGUAAGAAACCCUUUUUCGUGUGUGAAGAAGCUAAGAACGGCUCGCUGAUAAAAUAUCUGGAGAAGCUGAAGGAGAAAAGCACGCGGAGUAUGGAGGGUGUUUGGGCGAAGCUAUACGAAGCAUCGCUGAGUCUCGAAUAUCUGCACGCUCGUGGCAUCAUCCAUCGAGAUUUAAAGUGUGACAACAUCCUCGUCGGCAGCGAUGGCCAAGCAAAGCUGACAGACUUUGGCCUGAGUGCUUUUGCUAGUGCGGAUAAUCAAGGAGAUUUUUCAGACGCAGCUCACUGGGUGGCCCCCGGGUGUCUCGAAGGGAAACAAGCGACGUUUGCUUCCGACAUUUUUUCGUUUGGAAUGUGCAUCAUCCAGGCUGUGACUGGGAAGCAUCCGUGGGGAAAUUUCGAGAACUUGCUGGUAGCGAAGCGCGUGAGGAACGGAGAACUGCCACCAAGACCUCAGGAAUUCACAAGUUCUCCGUGGGAGCUUGUCGAGAGCAUGUGCAAGUUCAAGCCUUCUGAAAGACUGGACAUUCUCGUGGUAGUCCAGCGCCUG